AUGUCGCAAGGGUUAGUGAAAAUAAUCUAUUGUCUAUUAUUCUUAUCUAUUUUGAUUUGCACACAUGCACAUCAAAAUUCCGUCAACUUGAUUAUACAUUUUGUGUGAUGUUAUAUCUGUUCGUUGUGGUAAUAUUCAACAGUGACCAUUCACAUUGGCAUAUAGAUUACUCACGUGCAUCACGUCAUUAGUUUCAUGGACAGCAUAUUGCUGUGGAUUAGAGACCCACGGACACUGCUAGAUACUGUCUAGCUGUGCAAUACAUGCGCGAACGCCAUAGUAACAGAUGGCGUGAUCAAACGAACUCACGCUAUGCGGUAACUCGUACAAGCGUACAACUUAAAUAAGAUGACAUGCAAGCGUUGCCUUUUGUUUUGGCAUAAACGGAACUAGUCUAUCGGUGGAGACAGGUGCAAAAGCUAAUGAUCAUAUAUGUUAGGCGUGUGUGUGAUAAACUAAAUGUAUGUGAUGGAAAAUACAGAUGUGUUAACACAGGUUUGUGUAUGAGGUGUAUCUCCGAUGUAACUUCGUUAGCACACAUCAGUUUCAAGCAGAAUAGGAAGGAAGUGUGAUCGUAUGCUGUACAAUACAUACUAUCAGAAAUGGUGUAAAUGGACAGUGACAAAAACAAACGUUUGUAGAAUCUGUUCAUUUCUUUCUUGUGGAUUUAUAUAUCUUUUUUCGAAUAAAGCAUGAUGUUUUCUCGAAACAAUGGAGAUACCUGCACGAACAGACGCACCCUCGUGACAUUGUGUGCAGUAUCCUUUUUAUCUACGUUUGUAUUUCUGUAUUUGCACUCGUCAAUCACCGUACAGACAUUUGCGAUCGAAAAGGAAUUGCGAGGUACUGUUCAAAACAUGGCGCAAUGGCGGGACAAGAUAGUUGAUUGGGUACAGAUGCUGGAAAACGUUACAACGAAACCACGAACUAGGCGCCAUGGUCAGCUGUACCGGAAUGAAACAAACCAUAGUGUGUUGGACAAUAGGACUACUACGGAUUCACCUGUUAAAGUGUUUACGACACCAGGCAUACUGUUAACUUUGUUUACGACAUGGCCAACGAGGGCAGACAAAUAUACUUGUCACAAUAAUACGGUAGAAAACUGGAGAACAUUUAAACCGAAUAUAAGACCUAUGCUCUUCACAAACGAGGAUUAUUUAGCAAGGGAGGUCACUAAAAAGGGAUGGAGCUCACUUCCUAUUCGUCAGGAACACUUUGGAAUACCAGUCCUGAAGUUUAUGUACACGGACGCCAUGAAAGUAAGUCAGUCUCAGUUUUACGCGUAUGCCAAUGGAGAUAUACUGUUUACAUCAACAUUGAUUAAAACCUUGACAGCGGUAGUGAAUUCAACAGUGAUACCUAAUGACAAACCGAUAAUGAUCGUCGGUAGGAGGACGAAUGUACAGGACGUAAGUGUAUCAGAGGCGAAUUCAUUGACGAAUGUGUCGAAGGCGGCCCGAAAACGUGGGAAACUGUUCUCCGCGUGGGCUGAGGAUUAUUUUGUUACAACAGAAAAUUAUCCAUGGAAAGAUAUUCCGGAAGUAGUGAUUGGCCGUAGAGCCUAUGAUAAUUGGUUAGUAUUAAACGCGCGUAAACAUAAUCACACUACAAUUGACGCGACACUAACACUACUUGCUCUUCACCAGACGACAAAAGCAGGAAACCACGAAGGACACAAGGCGACACACUCGGAAUAUAAUCACAGUCUUUUAAGCAGACUCUAUAAACGGCUAAACUAUGCCGCCGGGCUCACGUCUUGUGCCGAGUACCUCACGAGGUACGAUAAUGCCAUGAAUAUAAAGGUCGAAAGGAGAAUAAAGACCUGCUGAUCGACCAUUGAUAUGUAGCAAAGGGAGAUAAUGCUUCCGGUACACGAACUGUCCAGACUUUACUUAGUCUGCUUCACGUAAGUUGUAAAUAUAACAACUUGACCGUUGUACCGAAAGUACGAGUUCACCUUAAUAACAGUCAAGUUGAAGCUUAGUGUUUGCAAUUAAAUAUAAGAGAAACUGAAUUUCGAGAGGAACACAGGGUUGUUUCGAUUAAAACAUUCUUACCAGCUGGGCCAACUUCAUUGUACAUAUUUGAGCAAAUGGAUUUAACAGAGUUCAGAAUCGGUUCUCUUUUUAAGUAUAAUAUAAUUCGAACAAUUGUAAACUGUAUAGAACAAAAUGAGAUUCUUGAUUGUCUUGUCAAUAUCUGACAAACCCAUGCACAUGAACUUGGAAAAUGCUAUUAUCAUAUAUGAUUUAUUGUAUCUUUGCUACCCAUCUUUUGUCAAUAGUCAACAAUGUUCGUAAUGGAUUUCUUGUCAAACAGUGUCAAGUGGUUUCUACAAAUCA